CUCCAAUCCGGAGGCAUCCAUUAUUUCAUUUCAUGAACAUCUUGGGACUUCAAUCGAUCCAAGUCUUAGUUAAUCCAGAUCUUGGGUAUGUCGGAAGGCCAAUUGAGGCGAUAUCUUGCAAUAUGACGUCUGCCGACUCCUCACAGACGACAGAAAUUGUUGAGAACCAUUCCCCCUCAUUACAAAAGCCUCUCGAGGCUACCAUCACCGACUCUGGAUAUAGUUCUCUGUCCACAACACCAAGUAUUAAUUCACCUACAUUGAGAAAAAAUGACGCUUACCAUGGGCCAUCAAUCUUAUCAUCCUUGCGACCUGAAAAUGGAAAAGCAAAGUCCAUCGAUAUAUCUUCCAUUGCUUCAAUUUCCUUGCCGAAAAAGAAACCAGCUCUUAUGCGAGUCAAUGUAGAUGUCGACAAGGCUACCAACGAGAGAUUCAAAAUCGUCCAACCCAAUUUUGAAACACUCCUCCUAAACCAUGUCCGAGAAAAUCAAAGGACUGGAGCAAACUACAAGCCAAUGUCGACACGAUUGGUGAUGUUAGGUACCUCCCAUGAUGAUGCUGCUCCUCAUCUUGUUGUAUUCUGUCAGCCUGGACAAAAGAGGCUCGUCAAACAAUUCGUGACGAAUCGCAUCAUUAAGGAUAUUUGUCAGCCCUCAGACCCUGGUGUGCCGUCCUUUGAAGUAACAGUUAUGGGCAAUGCCCCCCAGCUCAAGCAUGAUAUUUCACCAGUGAGGGUCACGGUCGAUUACAUUCUUACGUUGCCUCGCGACACCUUAUGUGGCAAUCCUAUCCGCUUCACAAAUGGUUGUGACUCCAGUAAUGCUACUUUCGGCGGGAUCAUAAAAGUAAUAACGGAAACGGGAGACACCAAGUUUUAUGGAAUCACAGCUGGGCACGCGGUGGAGGAGUGGCAGAACGAACUCCAGCCAAAGCAGAAAAUCACCAACGAACAUGGCGACGAUACCAAUACCAAGAAUGAUGGCUCCCAAGCCGAGAUUGGCAAAAUACCUAUUGACGAAAAGGACUCCCAGAAGUCUGAUUCAGAGGCGUCAGAUACCGAUGAUAGCGACAUAGAGAUAGGUCUCUUGACAAGGAAUGUUCCGGCGAAGGUAAAGCCGACCGAGGAGAAAAAGCAUUGGCGUUUUGCUACCCCUCUUGUUCUGGGCUCAGUUGUUACACACGCGAGUGCUCCGGUAGAUAUUGAGGUCCACAACAAUCGAUGCUACGACUGGGCAUUAUUUGAGACGAAAGUCUACAAGAUGAAUCGAAUUCCCGAUGACCUAGAAUCGGAACUUACUCUCUCGGACAGGGAACCUGGGGUCACUGGCAAUUGCCCCGUGUAUAUGACCAGCGGCUCAGGUUUCAAAGAGGGACAACUUUCCUCGACGCCCGGUCGAAUUCUGCUUGGAUCAGGGGAAGAAUUUGUCGAUGCUUACAUGUUGACAAUAGACGAUGAACGAGGUAUAUGCGACGGUGACUCAGGCUCGUGGGUUAUCGACUCUUCCACGUUAAAGGUGUAUGGUCACCUCGUUGCGUCGGACAUCUUUGGAUCUGGAUACGUUAUACCGUUGAAAGAUAUAUUCUCCGACAUCAAGCAACGCCUUUGCGCCCAAUUAGUUGAACUUGCCAGCUUCUCCGAUCUACUCCCCAUACCUACUAUGGUCAGGAGCUUUAUACCCGAUGAUUCCGGGUACAAUUCGAAAAAGAGUACACCGAAGAUAACACCGAAGAUAACACCGCAUACUAGUCCAACAAGAGUAAUAUAUGAGAAGAACCGUAAGAAGGACCUUGAAUCUCUUGAGUUGGGAACCGUGAUGUGUAUUACAAACUCCUGGCGUUAGUGGAACGUACCUAUCAUAGUGUAAGUACCUAGGUAGGUAUAAGCUAGGUACAUUAAUGAAUUUUUGGCUGGGCGUCUUUUCGAUAUAGUCGGUAACAUUAGGUAAUUUCUAACGUUUCUGUAUCUAUCACCAUUGAACUACGGUUAUUAAAUGUAGAAGUAUGCGUCUCCUGGUGACAUCGUAAUUUGAGUCGGAGUUAUCGGAAUUACUAGGAU